UUAUUAUUCAAUUUUAUUUUUAGAUGAUAACAUUUCUGAAAGUACUUAUUCCGGUUCUCAUAGUUUUUAUUCUCAUAUUUGGUUUAGGAAUACAAGUAAAUCUUUCAAGUUUUACUCUUCAACUUGAACACAGGGAAUCCAGUAAAGGAAGUUCUUCUAACCUCUCACACCCAUUGGAUUAUGUUGAAGAUACAACUGAAGAUAGUGUUGAAAAAGAAAAUGAGGCUAGUAGAAAUUACAAGUAUCAUCUACAGAGUGAAUAUGCCAAUUUUAAUAAACACAAAUCCCCAAUCAGAUUACUUUGUCUGAUCCUGACCCAACCAUCUAGUUUAAAGGAUAGAGGACAGGCAGUGUUUGACACCUGGGGGAGUAGAUGCACGUUUUUGUAUUUUCUCAGUACGGAGUCUACAGAAGGGGAUCAUGGUUUACCAAUUCUACACAACACAGCUCAGGAAACCUAUGGUAAUCUCUGGUCCAAAACUAAAUAUGGAUUCCAGUUUGCACAAGAACACCUUAUAGAACAGAUUGACUGGGUGAUGAAAGCUGAUGAUGAUACCUACGUUAUUAUGGAAAACCUUCACCAAAUGCUCUCCAAACAUGAUCCAGAGGAACCAACAUUCUUUGGUGGACACUUUAGUGCUCUAGUGGAUCAAGGAUAUAUGAGUGGAGGUGCAGGAUAUAUUCUAUCUAGAAAAGCAGUUGAGUUAGUGGUCACUAAAGCCUUUCCAAAUGAAACCCUCUGCAGGGCCUCAGAUGAUGGAACUGAAGAUGUUGAGAUGGGCUGGUGUUUAUCAAAAAUAGGAGUUAAACCUACAAUGUCAAGAGACAGCAAGAAGAACGAGGAAACUUUUUUCCCUCUUCAUGUGUGGGAUAUGAUGACAGUAAAGAAUGACAGUUGGCUUUAUUCUUAUAUGUCCAGGAAACCUACUCUAGGAUUUGCUUGUUGUAGUGAAUAUCCCAUAUCUUUUCAUUAUAUUUCCACACAAGGAAUGUACGAGAUGGAAUACUUGAUAUACAAAUUAAAAUUGUUUAAUAUGAAGGAUAUCAGAGAGAACGUGGAGAAAAGACUGAACUCAGCUUUAUCAUCCCCAUCUUCUGAUAUAACCUAGCAAUAAGUGAUCUGAUAAACUGUAGAAUAGGAAGACGACUGUUAGAACAUGAUAUACAGCCAUUAGCAAAUAGGUUUAUGUCAACCAAAGGUUUCCGUCUCCAGAAUCCAAAGAAUCCAUAACAUAGAAUGUAGUAAAAUAAAAAUGAAUUUUACAGAAAAGUAAUUAAAAGUUUACUUCCAUGCAGUUUUUCGUAAAACCAAAAAAAGCAGAUUCUUCAGCAAAAUGCAUUAUCAUGAUUUGAAAGUAAAAACAUGUAAUUUGUAUUUUAAAUAUGUGAGUUAUAUUAAAAUUAGAGAUCUUCAAUAUUUGUAUUUAUAAAAUCUAGUACAGGGUGUCCCAUGAAACAUGAUAGUUGAGAGAGACGACUUGAAGAUCGUCUUUGAUAUAAUUUACAGUAUGUUUUCGUUACCCUUAUAAAGGCUGGGGGGUCUGAAUCUAUGUUUAGACGGGGGGGGGGGCGUUUGGCGCCCCCCCUAGAAAAAGGCCUUUCAGAAUGGGUGUAGGGUUGAGAUGCAUGUUCAUAGCCCAAUUUUUCAUGGCCAGCUCAAAAAAAAUGUUACUCUGAUAACUUUAAUAUUUUGAA